UUAAACGCGUCAGAGGGCCUGUUCAGCCAAUCGGAGGGCUAGAAGGGAAGAGGGAAGUGACGUACGAAAACAAACGGUAAAGAUGGCGUCAAAUUCACAACGGAUAUCGAGACAAACAUUUGGGACAACAGACUAGAAUCAGUAAGUCUGGACAGAGUAUCCUCUCUGACCUGACAUUAUGCCAACGGAAAGACCGGCGGCAGUGACUUCGGAGCGGCUCCGGCAUCAUGACCGACCCAGACGGAAGGACAGUGGGCAGUCCAAGCCCUCCCUGCGGGCCUCACACCCCCGAUCAGCGGCUACUGCAGCCAAGUGCUGCGAGGAUGAGAUCAACAGACUGAAGGAGAUCAUCUGUGCUCUGCAGGCUGAGCGUCAGCAACAGCGCUCCAGGGAAGAGGAGGGGGACAGGCUGGGGGUUGUUGGACAGGAACCGCGGGGGCCCGAGGAGCUACGAUGGAGGGUCAACCAGCUGGAGAGAGACAAGCUGGAACUAACCUCCAAACACAACGAGCAGGUAUCCUCUCUAGAGGGCCAGGUGGCCAGGCUGAGAGCAGCAGUGGAGAGAGGAGAGGCACAGAGACAGACUCUUGAGUAUGAUAUGGCUGUAGUCAGGAAGGAGGCUGGAGUAGAGAGAAGUAACCUCCAGGAAAACAUGGCUGCUCUCUGCAGUCAGAAUGAACAACUCAUGGAGCUGCAGCAGAGAGUGUGUGUCCUUCAGAAGGCUCUGGAGAUAACGCGGAUGGCCCGGGAAGAGGACCAGCAUGCAUUGCAACAGGAAGUGGAGGAGCGGGACGGACUGGUGCUGAGCGCUAACACAGAGAAUGAUCAGCUCACCGCUGAGAACAAACACCUACAUACCCUGCUGCAGGAUCAGGAGCAGACUCUGCAGGAGCUGAACAGGAGGAUGGGGGAGGUGCAGAGAGAGAGGGAGAGAGACGGGGAGGCACUACGACGUCAGACCAGCGAACUGGGCUACAUCACAGAGAGAGAGGAGAGAAUGAAGAAAGAACUAGAGACCGCCCUACAGAGAGUCAAGACUCUAGAAACCAACAUAGAGUCUGAGAGAGCUGCUCACCUGGAGUCUAAAUUCAACUCUGAGAUCAUACAGCUGCGUAUCCGUGACCUGGAGGCAGCUCUACAGGUGGAGAAGUGUAGCCAGGCUGAAGCCGUGUCCAGUCUGGACAUGGUCAAACAACAGUUCAGAGAGGUGGAGCGAGCCUACAGCAUAGAGAGAGACAGGGCACGGGACUCUACUGGCAGACUGGCACAGCUGGAGAAGGACUACCUGAGUUCUAAGGCAGAGUUGAGUGCAGAGUUAGAGAAGGAGAGAAAAACUGCAUCACAAGUCCGAGACCAACUACAGGAACUACACACGCUACACACGCACAGCCUGACACAGCUGGACAUGGCUCGUAAGCGUCAGGUGUUACUGGAGGAGGAAUAUGAGAGCUAUCUUAGAGAGUUACAACAGCUACUGCAACUACACACCGCUGUAGGGCCCCUCACUGCUGUAGGACAACUCACCACAGAAGAGCCUGUUGGAGAGGGAAGAAAGCACAGCCCCUCUACUGUCAUGAACAUGCUGGGGACAACCCUGACUACAUACCAGACCACCCUGGACCAGACUACUACAGAGGUCCUGGAUCAGCAGAAACAGUCAGAGAGGCUGGUCCAGGAGGUUCAGUCCAACCAGCGACUGAUGUCAGAACAGAAGAGUCACUUAGAGGGCCCUGACUAUGAGAACACAGAGGUCCACCACUUGUUACUGGCAGGGCCCUAUGAGAACACAGAGGUCCACCACUGGUUACUGGCAGGGCCCUAUGAGAACACAGAGGACCACCACUGGUUGCUGGCAGGGCCCUAUGAGAACACAGAGGUCUACCACUGGUUACUGGCAGGGCCCUAUGAGAACACAGAGAACACAGAGGUCCACCACUGGUUGCUGGCAGGGCCCUAUGAGGACACAGAGGUCUACUACUGGUUGCUUGCAGGGCCCUAUGAGAACACAGAGGUCUACCACUGGUUACUGGCAGGGCCCUAUGAGAACACAGAGGUCCACCACUGGUUACUGGCAGGGCCCUAUGAGAACACAGAGGUCCACCACUGGUUGCUGGCAGGGCUCUAUGAGGACACAGAGGUCUACUACUGGUUGCUUGCAGGGCCCUAUGAGAACACAGAGGUCUACCACUGGUUACUGGCAGGGCCCUAUGAGAACACAGAUAUCCACCACUGGGCCCUGACUAUGAGAACACAGAGGUCUACCACUGGUUGCUGGCAGGGCCCUGACUAUGAGAACACAGAGGUCCACCACUUGUUACUGGCAGGGCCCUAUGAGAACACAGAGGUCCACCACUGGUUACUGGCAGGGCCCUAUGAGAACACAGAGGACCACCACUGGUUGCUGGCAGGGCCCUAUGAGAACACAGAGGUCCACCACUGGUUACUGGCAGGGCCCUAUGAGAACACAGAGGUCUACCACUGGUUACUGGCAGGGCCCUAUGAGAACACAGAGGUCCACCACUGGUUACUGGCUCGGCCCUAUGAGGACACACUGGUCUACUACUGGUUGCUUGCAGGGCCCUAUGAGAACACAGAGGUCCACCACUGGUUGCUUGCAGGGCCCUAUGAGAACACAGAUGUCCACCACUGGUUGCUGGAGAAGUUGUCGUUCCUUCACGGUCUGUUCCAGCGUCUGUUGGCGGGCUGCGUCCUCGUCUCCCAGCCGCAAUGCAUCCUGGGUAGUUUCUCCUGGGCGGAGCUCUGUGAUGUCAUAACAGAACACGUCGACACCCUCACCUCUGACCUUACACGCGCCAACGAGAGGGUGUCCCACCUGCAGGCUGUGUGUGAGAGUAACAGUGUGUGUGUAUCUCAGCUGCAGCAGAGCCAGGAAGGGGUGUUAGUGAGAAUAGAGGAGACAGUGAAACAGAGAGAAGAGACCUGGACAGCACAGCGACAUGAGAUGGACCAGCACACGCACACACUGUUACACUGCUACAGGGGAAGAUACAGAUGUUCGGUGCUCAGCUUGAGGAGUCCCGUCAGAGACUAUCGUGAAGAGGAUAAUGACGAUGAAGGGAGAGGAGGACUGUGUGUGAGGUGGCUUCGUCGUAAAGAUAUCUCCUUCUUCAUCAUGUCUUCCAUGGUUGAACUACAAGAGGCCUUAGAGCACACAGUAUCUUCCUCUCAGGUGGUAUUGUCUGUCUCUUUCUCCUCCAGUAUCUUCCUCUCAGGUGUCUUGUCUGCUGCUCGUAACAGUCUAUCCCGCCUCCUGGACCACCUCCUCACCCCCUCAGACCGAGGGUCCCAUCUCACACCCUAUAGCGUGAACAAGGGUACUCUGUGUCUGGUGGUUUCGCUGCAGCAACACUUCCUGGUUUUCACCCACCGGCUGCACUCCGCUGAGGUGGAGAGGCGGAGCCUGAGGUUAGAGGUCGCACGCCUCAAACGUGUCACCAAGGGCGACCGAGGACCGUGCCACCUGGUGCCGGCAGAGCGGUUUGGCUGUGUGGUGCCGGCAGAGCGGUUUGGCAUUGAGACAGGGCCUUACAGAGAGAGGAGCACGGCUCAGGGUCUCCUGAGACAACAGUCUGACCAGCUACACACACUGGGGUUACGCAUGGACACACAUUGUGGAGAAGAGAGAGAGAGAGAACACACACUCUCACAGGCCGUACAGAGUCUGUCGGAAACUCGUCAGGAGGUUCGUCAGAAGGAGCAGUCUCUAAGGGUUCUGGAACACCUGUCGGGCCUACAGCAGGAGAAGAAGAGUCUGGAGGAGAAUGUCAGACACGCGGAGGAUGCACUACGCAUGGCAGCCAAGCGCAAGGACUCCCUGGCCAGCUACAUGAGAGCAGUAGAGAGCAGCUACAGAGAGGUCAGAGACCGUAUCGUCCAAUCACGAUCCACCUCCACUGACAAGGACCUCCCUCUGCAGUUACCAAGAGUGCACCUGGAUCUGACUGGACCAGAGAGGUUGCUGGGAGGGCCGGACGUGGCCGCCUGUCAGAGCCUGGUGGGGACGUUCUCUGAGUUAUACCACGCAGCGUUCUCCAGGAUUGGCUCGAUGGAGAGGGAAAUCUCCACCCACCAAAGCCAUGUCUCCGCCCUCCGGAAAGAACUACACGAUGCCUGUCUCAGGGAGGACCUCUGUUUCAUCCCUGUGUGCGAUUCUCAAUCGUCAAUGACCCCUCACCCAGACGACCUCUGUCAACUCGUCGUUGACCCUGAAGCCCCUCCUACCGAACGCACCAACGCUCUGCUGAGGGAGGCAACCGGCAACCCCAACCCUACCCCCUCUCUCGCCCCCUCCCUCGCCCCCUCCCUCGCUCCCUCCCUCCCCUUGUCAGACCCCCCUAAAAAGGCUAAGGGCAGUAAGAAGGUGCCCAAGAAGACUCGUUCUGUACCGCCCAAGGCUCCGUCAAGAAGAUAGACCACAGAAUCACUGUUGUGUGUUACAGUGUAUCUGUUGUGUGUUACAGUGUUAUCUGUUGUGUGUUACAGUGUAUCUGUUACAGUGUAUCUGUUAUGUGUUACAGUGUAUCUGUUAUGUGUUACAGUGUAUCUGUUACAGUGUAUCUGUUACAGUGUAUCUGUUGUGUGUUACAGUGUAUCAGUUACAGUGUAUCAGUUACAGUGUAUCAGUUACAGUGUAUCAGUUACAGUGUAUCAGUUACAGUGUAUCAGUUACAGUGUAUCAGUUACAGUGUAUCAGUUACAGUGUAUCUGUUGUGUGUUACAGUGUAUCAGUUACAGUGUAUCUGUUAUGUGUUACAGUGUAUCUGUUACAGUGUAUCUGUGCUGUGUUAGUGUUAUCUGUUGUGUGUUACAGUGUAUCUGUUAUGUGUUACAGUGUAUCUGUUAUGUGUUACAGUGUAUCUGUUAUGUGUUACAGUGUAUCUGUGCUGUGUUACAGUGUAUCUGUGCUGAAACACCGAAACACCGAGACCCAUGGGUUCCCUUUGGGAAGCAUCGUGUGUUACGAGAACGACCCUUCAAUAUCCACGCCACAGAUUCCUUCUACAGUGUAUAUCUGUCCUCACAGAUUCCUUCUAUAGUGUAUAUCUGUCCUCACAGAUUCCUUCUAUAGUGUAUAUCUGUCCUCACAGAUUCCUUCUAUAGUGUAUAUCUGUCCUCACAGAUUCCUUCUAUAGUGUAUAUCUGUCCUCAAUGAAGCGUUUUGAUACUGUCAUUAAGAGCAUGAAGAAGAAGACAUUUAUUUUAGCUGAAGAAAAGAAAAGGAUAAAGAUCUGUUUUUGUAACAUGAAUCAGUAAACCUUUUGUACCUGGAAAA